CUUACCUAACCUACAAUUUCUUCAGCCUCGUGGCCCAAAUUUCUGCAGUCCCUUCACUCGGACCCCCCGGACCGGAUCUGGAGAGGCUAUCAUUGUUGAUCCUCCAUCGUGAUCAUGCAAUUGGAUUGAUUAUCGCUCGCCAAUUCAGUGGGGAGACUCAAGAGUCUUGGAUAAUCGCGGAAACCUUGGGCCGGGAUGAACCGUAAAUGCGAUUCAUCGAAAACUCCCCAUCAACGAUGAGAUUCUACCGCGGCUCCAUUGAGAGCCUUGCGAGGCUUGGCUCUAGGCUAGCCACAUCUCGGUCGAGGAUCAAUCGAGUGCCGAUCCAGCUACGCCGCACUCUCUUCUCAACACCAAGACAGAAUGCCAAGCAACACAAACAACAUUCCACGUUGCCCGCCGCGGUAAUCACUGGCGGCCUCUUCAUUUGGUGGCUCUAUCCCUCUGACGAAUUUGCGCAGCUCUCGAAUAAGAAGAGAAGCGGCGGCCAGCAUCUCGCAGACUCCAACGGCCAGACCACCGGCUCUCAACAAGAUGACCAGCCCGCCUGGGCCACUUUUGCCCGCCGCUUCGAGGCCUUCACCUUAGUUAAUGACCUGGAAUGGCCUGCCAUCCCGGAAAAGCUGGUCGAUUUUAUUGCCCCGGAAUGGUCCAAGCUACUGCCCGUGUACAUGACAAAGCUGCAGCGGGAGCUCUCCAUGUCACCCGGUUCGUUGGCUGAUGAGAUAUGGGCUGAAGCUCAUGAUCCCCUCGUCCAUCCCGAGAUUCGCUACGCUGCCGAUGUUCGCGUAUCUUCUGACCUUUGUGAAGAAGAAAAGACGUUCCUUGCUCGGCGUCGCAGAGUUGCAAGAGUGGGCCUGGCGAGGUAUUUAGGUCUCAAGGAAGAGGAUGUUCAUCCCGACGACGUCCCAACCAUUGCCAUGUGCGGAUCCGGAGGAGGCCUUCGAGCCCUCAUCGCCGGCACGGGAUCGAUUCUCGCGACUGAAGAGGACGGCUUGUUCGAUUGCGUGACGUACACCUCGGGUGUCAGUGGUUCUUGCUGGCUCCAGGCGCUCAACCUUACAUCAUUCAACAAAGGCAGCAUUCAUAACCUUUUGGAACAUCUCAAGUCCCGAGCUUCAACCCACAUCGCAUACCCCCCUGACGCUUUCCAGUCUCUAGUCUCGAUGCCAACAAACAAGUACCUUCUCAGCGGCAUCGUCGAGAAACUCAAAGGCGACCCUCACGCCGAUUUUGGCCUGGUCGAUGUGUACGGGGUGUUGCUGGCUGCAAGAUAUUUGGUCCCUAAAGGAGACCUAGGAAUCAACGACCGCGACUUCAAGCUCUCAAACCAGCGAGAGUAUAUUCAAUACGGACAGCUCCCGAUGCCAAUUUAUACCGCCGUACGUCACGAGAUUCCCAACUUGACAGAGGCACAAGCCCAAGCGGGCAUUUUUGGGAUUGAAAGGGCCAAAGAGGAAGCCAAGAAAGAGUCUUGGUUCCAAUGGUACGAGAUCACUCCGUACGAAUUCUUCUGCGAGGAGUUUGGGGCUGGCAUUCCUACCUGGGCUCUGGGUCGGAGGUUUAACAAUGGCAAGGAUGUCCCCCCCGAGUACGGGUUCCAUCUCCCCGAGAUAAGAUUGCCCCUUCUCCUUGGCGUCUUUGGCAGCGCUUUCUGCGCUACUCUCAGCCAUUACUAUCGAGAGAUCAAGCCUAUCCUAAAAGGUUUGGCUGGAUUUGGGGCAGUUGAUGGCCUCAUCUCGGGACGGGACGACGAUCUGAGCAAGGUCCACCCUAUCGAUCCCGCAAAGAUCCCCAAUUUUGCCUACGGCAUGCGCGGCAAGCUGCCUCAAACAACCCCCGACAGCAUUUACGACAGCGAGUAUAUCCAGCUCAUGGAUGCGGGAAUGUCCAACAACUUACCCAUCUACCCCUUGCUCCGACCCGGACGCGAUGUCGACGUUCUGAUCGCCUUCGAUGCGUCAGCAGAUAUCAAGACUGACAACUGGUUAUCCGUGGCUGACGGCUAUGCUAAGCAGCGCAAAAUCAAGGGUUGGCCUAUCGGUAUUGGGUGGCCAAAGCCUGGAGAAACUCCUGCGCAGGCGGUGAAAGAACUCGACGACGCGCAGGCGAAGUCUACCCGCGAGGCCGAGUCCAAACUUCAAGAUGCCAAGGACAACCAGAGAGAAAUGCGCAAGGAAGCACACAACGGUGGAAAGACUGAAAAGUCUAGCAAGGACACCAAGUUCGAGCCCGGUGAGAAAGACGCUGGAGACCUGGGUUACUGCACUGUCUGGGUCGGCAGCAACCAGGAACGCACCUCUGACUCCCCUCCUCGAACCAAGGCCAUCUCAGAGCCCGACUCCUGGAAACUUAUGGAACCCGACGCCGGCAUCGCCGUCAUCUACCUACCCUUCCUCACCAAUGAAAAGGUGCCCGGCCUAUCGCCCGGCACCACCGACUUCUUGAGUACCUGGAAUUUCAUCUACACCCCUGACCAGAUCGACAAGGUCGUCCAGCUAGCCCGCGCAAACUAUGACGAGGGCAAGGAUCAGAUUCGGUCCACUGUCCGUGCCAUCUAUGAGCGCAAAAAGAGACACCGUGAGGCCACUGAGCGCACGACACGCCAGGAGAGAUAUCGCUCCUUGAUCAGGAGGGGCGAGGGCGUGCGGUUGGGCGAGGGUGACCAGUUCAGUUGAAGUGUUUCUUGUGAUAAAUAUACCCGGGGACGACACCGAUUAGAAGAGUAGAAGAGUGUA